AAAAAGAAGACGCUGUUGAAUGUCACGGUUGCUGCCACCACACCUUCGAGACGUCUUCCAAGAAAUACAGUCAUAACUGCAUCAGUGCCACGGAGAGGCGACGCCACUUCUGCAGCCACCAGCUCUGCAACAGGCUCAAUAAGUCGCUGCAAUGGCAUACACGCAAAUGCCAGGUAUAGCAGCAGUGGGACAAGAUGCACCAUCUCCUGGCCAGCAGUUUGGAAUAAAAGCAACAGGUGGACCAAUGGUACAAGGUCCGACUCGAUCACCAGAGUUGAUUCAAUAUCAGGCAGGUCAUACUGCACAACCCCCGAAGGCAUUUCUACAGCAACUUGAGCUACGGUCGUUCUCCGUCAUGUGUCCACCUGGCUUGGAAUAUAUGUCGGGCAUUGCCCAACUCAUCAUCGAGAGACAACGAACGGGCGUCGGUGUUCUGAAUCGCUACGACGCACAAAGUAGAUACGCCAUAAAUACCAGCCAAAAUGAAACCAUUUACAACAUCGGUGAAGUAAGUCACUGUAACUGGCAGUGGUGGUGGAAAACGAGCCGAAGCUUAGAGAUGCACAUAUAUGACUUUCAAGACCGUUACGUCAUGAGGUUCAUUCGACCCUACAGAUGGCAAAGCAAUUUCAGAGGAUGCUUCUGCUGUUGCUUCCUUCAGGAAUUGGAAGUCCAGGCACCUCCUGACAAUACAAUAGGCUUCGUGUUCGAAGAGUGUUCCCUCUGCAGGACAUCAUUUAGCAUUUGUGAUCGAACUGGAGUGCAAGUGAUGAGAGUUCAAGGUCCAUGCUUCACACAGAGCUGUUCAUGUUGUCCGACCGUCACAUUUCAGGUCCUUACUCUGGGGAACAACAGGAUAGGUACAGUGGCAAAGGAGCCUGCUACACAUAAGAAGAAAACGGCUGUCUAUGCUGACAUGAUUAGUGUUUCUUUCCCCCAUGAUCUGGACGUUCACGCCAAGGCCUGCCUCAUUGCUUGUGCUAUGUUGAUUGAUUACAUGUUUUUCGAGGAAGAUUGUUGCACGUGCUAUUGUUCCCGGUGUUGCGGCGGAUCAAACGCCAAGCCAUGAAGGAACGGCGCAUCUUCCACAAGUCAAGCUACAUUGUAAAACAUAAGGCAGCAUUCUCAUCGAUAUAAUACAAUGCAUGAACAAAGGAGGAUGAGACAACCGAGCUGAUGUAUAAUAAAAAAACGUAUUAUU